UGUACAAUAUACUCUGUUACAAGGAAGUAAUAUUUACAAUAAAUAGUCCUGCAUUCAAUACUUAUUAAAAAGUACAGAAGUACUGUCAGCUUCAUGUCAAGUAUCAGUCGUAAAAGUACACAAGUAUUCUCAGGUUUAUGUGGUAAAAGUGUGAGUAGUCAAAGUACUAAAGUAUCAUCAGCUUUGUACAGUAAAAGUAUACAAGUAUGAUCGGGUUCAUGUAGUUAAAGUAUCAGCAGUAAAAGUACUACAGUAUUAUCCGCUUUAUACAAUAAAGGUAUCGAAAGUAGACAUGUAUUCUUAGUUUCAUGUAGUUAGAGUAUCAGCAGUACAUAAGUAUUAUCAGCUUCAUGUAGUAAAAGUGUUAACAGUAAAAGUACACAAGUAUAACCAGCUUCAUACAGUUAAAGGUAUCAGUAGUAAAAGUACACACGUACUAUCUUCGUAUAGUUAUAGGACCUUUAUUGUGAAGGGCCAGUGGGAAGUUGUUUCUCUCGCCAACUUCACAAAACGGUAUUACCCAGGCUUUUACUUUGAAGGUCCCAGCUGGAAGUUGUUAUGAAUGUUUUAAAGAUGGCGCCGGUUCUGGACGUUGCGGACAGCUCAGUGGUUUUUGCUCCGUUUAAGGUUUAACCGCCGUUAAUCACGAACUGAGAGCUCCGGUUUGGGUGUCAUGAGGAGCCGGUCACCGUGCAGUGUUACCGGAUGCCUCGUGUGAACCGGACGGUCGUUUUAACGCUGCUGAUCGUCAGCAGCUCCGUGUUUCUGCUAUUCCAGUUAUAUUACUACCGGAAGUACGUCAGCCAGAUUUGCCAACAUGCCUUUCUUCUGCAGCCUGGGCCUUACAUCCUGAGCCGGACAGGUCACCUGACCGCCAACGACCUCCAAUGGCAAACGGUGAAGAAGUUUCUGGGGUUAGCUCGUCACUUCGGGCUGCCGCUGUUCCUCGCCGACACCGCCGCCCUGACGCUGCUCUCCCAUGAUGCUUUGCGGCAGCGUGACCGGCUGGUGCGUGAGCCGCACUGCAGCUUCCUGUGCACCGGCCGGCCAAUCACAUCCUUCGCUCUGCACGCCAACCUGUGGAAGUACGAGCCUGGCUUCCUAUUGGCUGCCGAGCAGAAAGGCUUCGAGCUGCUGGAGCUGCGAGGAGAAGACCCGCGAUUGGCCAGUCUGGACAACCUAUCAGGAGAGGAGAUCCCCCUCCACUUCCUGUUCCGCCUCCACGGUUAUGUCAUACAGGUGGUGUUCCUGUAUGAACGGAGCGGGAACUACCUGUGGCACGGAGCGCUGCGCCUCAAAUCCAACAUUGACCGAAGCUUUGCUCCCUUCAAACUGCUCGACUACGGCCGUUACUCUGGAUCCUACGACAGGCCGGAGCUGGUCCUGACGGUUCUGGACGGUCUCGACGUUCGAAUCCCGCGCAACAUUUCCCAUUUUCUGUCCGAGCAACGACAGGCUAGAUUCUUGGAGUGCCGUUACCGUGAUGCCCGCAACUUCCUGCAGCUCUACCCUGAUGACUCGUCUCCAGAGGCGGUGGAGUUUCGGAGGAAAGUGAAGUUGUUGCUUCAUUUGGCCGCUCGAACGCUUGCUCAGCUCGACAUCCCGUUCUGGCUGAGCAGUGGAACCUGUCUGGGUAAGAAAUAGGAUUUUACGUCUCUCUCCUGUUGACCAGCAGCUCUGUGCGUUGAACACAAACCAGCCAACAGUUAGUAAAGCUGGAGUAGAGAUGACGUCCAGAAGGAGAAACAUCAUGAAGGACUUGGACAUCAACAGGUUUCUGGAUAUGAACAAAUAUAUUUUAGAGAAGCUGUUUGAAGGAAUGAAAGAGGUCCAACAAGUCCUCCACCUCUGGAGCACGCUGAGAUAACAUUUGUUAGCUCCCGAUGUUCACUUUGACGUAUUUAAACGAGAUAAAAACAUCCGUUAGCUCCUGAUGUUCACUCUGACGUAUUUAGACGAGAUGAAAACAUCCGUUAGCUCCCGAUGUUCACUUUGACAUAUUUAGAC